AUGACUAUGUUUAUUGCCCAGUGCUUACAAGGAACAAGGAUAAGCAUUGUCAAGACAACUGGUGCAGCUGAUGUGGAGGCUACCAUCCAAUUCAUUGUUCACAAAAUACAAAAAUUUUGCAAUCAGAAUGCCAGAGUCUUGUCACCCAUUAAGAUCGGGGUCUGUGGAAGUGAUGGCUUCAUUGGCUCUGUCCUCAAACCCUACGUUGAGACGUUCUCAGCCAAAUCAUCAGAAUGGCUCAACUAUGUCAAAUUCUACAUCGUCCCAACAGGUAACAACUCUGUGGCCAAAUAUUUGAGUUCUGUUGACACGAGGUACAGCUCAUUAUUCCAAGAUUCCCUCUGGAAGGAAGUCUGGGAAAAAUCAGACAAAGAGGCUGCAGCUGAUAAGCGAGAAAUAGCAAAUCGUGUUGAGAAAUAUCUGUCUGGCGCCACCACGAGUCUUGGUCUGCCCAUCGGAGAGGUGAUGCUCACAUGCAAGCAGAGGGGAUCUGAUGACGAAUCUUGCCAGAAAUUUGUUCCAUUUAUUAGUAAUGUUUUAAUCGGUCCUCCAAGUUCAGCAUUAGGAGCAGUGGCCAUUGCGGAGAGUGAAGAGUAUGCAAUGGGAGGUAGUCUGCUCUCGUCAAGUCCACCCUCAUCAGCCAAGGACAAGGUGGAUGGGAGUACCCCACCCCCAAGCCCAGCUGUCAGUACUACCACCGUCCCACAGAGCAGCAGCAGCAGUACCUCUGUCACCCCUACCAGUCCUCCCACACCAAGCGGCAACAGUGAACUCCUGGACCUCCAGGUGGAGUACUGGCCCAUGUCGGGGAGCAAGAAGGAUAAAUCGUCCCUCAAGACCGCGUUCCGCUCCCUCACAGUCUACCGUUUACCGUCCACCAGUGAGGCUCCCGCGGCGACUGCUGCCCUCUCCAUGGUUGUCGUCACCAAGGAAAAGAAUAAGAAAACAGUGAUGAGGAUAGGGAAGAAAACUGCAGUUCCCGAGCUCAAGAGUCAAACAGUAGAUGGUAUCUACAGGCUGGUCUGUACAUCAAGAACACAGGACUACUCCCUUACAGUAACUAUUGACGGCAACGAGUUAUCGCGGGUGAAAUUUUUCCAGCUGUCUGCACAGUGGCAGACGCACGUGAAGCUCUUCCCUGUCGCACUGUUCGGUCACGUGGAAGCGCCCUGCUAGGUAGAUGGCACCAGAAAGACAGCCACAGGAUGGCUUGACGGAGACAAUCAAUGUAUGCUGCUUUAUAGGUCACACGUAAGAUGGACCCUGCGCACAAUCAGGAUAGCUAUUUAUUGCGAUGAUUAUUGUGAUGAUCAUUUAACCUUUUUGAUGAUCAAUCAUCACUCUCAUCAGGAUGUCGGUGACGUUUGUGUAUAAAGCUACGCAAGGUCUGAGACAGACAAAAUGUUGCUGCUGAAUUUUAUUUUAAAGACAUUAUGGUUUCAUGCUUUGCCAAUCUCAUGUCUCUAUAGUUACUGAACACUGUCCCUGAAUUCCAGCAGAUCACUUUUUAUAUGAUCUUUGAAAGAGUUUACUCUCUGAAUAUGAUCUUUCCCUCUGAAGAGAGUAGUCAUUACCAUUUUUAUUUUAUUUUUUAUGUUUUGUUCACAAAUCAUGACUGACACUCAAUUUUAGGACAGGUUGCAGAAAGGGUGGUUAGCAGUUCAGAAUCUCCUCUGAACCUUGUAGCAUAGAUAGGAUAUUUCCAUCUGAUCUUAUGCAUUAGAUGCUGCAAUGGGGCAAAGAAUAUGAAAGCAACUUGUCCCCAAGAGAAAUGGUAUGUUUUAUGUUAAGCAACCAGUUCUCCAUGUUAUUUUUAGUUUCUUGUCCUCGUAAGUUGCUGCUGCUGCCACUCACAACCUUUGCCGGUUUCUGUCCGACACCAUCAGUAUUAUUUUCCAUCAAUCUAUGCUGUCAGUCCCCUCAAAUCAUGAUCUCUUCUGCUCAUUUUAUCAUUUUCUUAUCAUCAAAAAGAAAUUGUUUGUUACAUUAAACUUUGUUCUUUUAUAAGAGGUGCAUAUUUCAAAUGAUUUGUUUAAAAUUUGGUGCUAAGUUUGGCUCUGUUGGUCAUUGAACUAGUCCAUGAUGAUAAAUGAUAUUCAAAACAUUUCCUGGGACAUUUUUUUGCACAUAUUGAAGUACUGAAAAGUUUCUCUUUAUCGAUGUCCAGGAAUGCUUUAAAGACAGUUACUUCAUCGUUUAUAUGCUCAGUAAAUUUGCUCAAGAUGCAUUUUUCAGUCUGUAUUGAUCUGGUCUUUUCCCCGCUAAAUCCAAAGUUGAUAUAUGCAGAUGAAUAUAAAGAGGCUGGAUGGACAUAAGGUUAAAGAGUCAUUUGAUAUAUGAAAAUUAGGUCUUAUGAUGGCUUCCUAUAAAGUGUGUAUCUGUCUUUUCCCCCAUUGUUUUAAGGGGCUGGCAAACAUUUUAAUAGUCUUUCCAAGUGAUUUGUCUGGCCAAAAGAUAUUAUGAGAGGAUCCACUGGUUAAGCAUAUGAAAUGGUCAUACAAAAAAAAAUGUGAUACACACAUUCACUUCAUUUAAAUUUAAAGAAAAUAAUUUGGAAAAUAAAAAGGAAUGCUUCUGCUUAAGCAGGUUUUCACCCUUAAUCAUUUUUUUUUCAAUUCUUUUUCUUUUUUUUAAUUUGUAAAUAAUUGAUUGCCCCUUUCAAGCCAGUUGUAUAUGAUUUGUUACAUGCCCUCAUCCCCCCACCAGAAAACAAACAAACGGGAAGACAAUGAAAAUUUUUUAAUUUCUAUUUUCAUUACCUUAAUAUCGCCAUCAGUAAUGGUUAAUUAUCAGGUAAAUUUGAAUUUGUUUCGAAUCAGAGAUGGUCCAUAGAGGAAUUGUGCCUACCUCUUUACUGCAUGUUUUUCUUUUCUCAUUGUGAUAUUUUGAGGACACAUUCAAUGUUCUAAAAAAUAACUUAAAUAUUUUGCAAAAAUGUAAAAAUGACAAUCAAAUAAUGAUCACAAAAAUUUGUGACAUAAAUCAUUAAUUCACUGAGGAACUUUUCUAAAUUUGAAUUGAAUCAAUCUCUUUGUCUAAUUGAAAUUAAGAUUUUAGCAACAAAUUAAAGUUGUCAAAAUUCUGUUUCAUACAAAUUCCUACCUUGGAUGUCUUGUUCCUUUUCAUCGUCAUUUCAAUCUCCUCAUCCUUUUUGUGAAAUCCAUCAUCUGGUAUGAAGCUUUAUCACUUCGAGGAGCAUUGAUCUCCGUGACUGCCAACGGCAUACAUUUGUGCAAUAUAUAAUGAUGAAGAUGAACUUGACUAAUGCCAAGCAUUGAAGAAAUAAUAUGUCCAAUUUUGAUCCCAUUUCUAAUUUGUUGAUUUUGUAUAUUUCAGAGUCCACAUGUUUUGUUUUCCUAAAAAGCCAUAAGUUUAUGCUUCAUUCUAAACAGUAAUGAUUGAUAGUAAUGUACCAUGUGUAAUAUCAGUUUACAUUAUGAAUGGGAUGUGUAAGUAAAUUAUAUGAGAUUGCAGUAAAUAUAAUUUAUCUCCAUGCCAAAUCAGAAAAUGGCUUUAAAGUUUAUUGUUGAUGUACACAGUAAUAAAAACAGUAGUAAUAUACAUUCAUUGAUAUAUAAUUGUCUCUAAUUAUGUCUUAGUUUCAUUACCAUGAUUUUAUUUUGUAAUAAUUAUUUUGUAAAAUGGGCUGCAAAUUUGAAUGCCAAAAGAAGAAUGUGAAAUAUUAAUUUUAUUUCAUUAUUCUUUAAUUUCUUGAAAUAAUUUAGUGUUCCUCCAACCCACCCCCCUUUGCCAAACACAUAAUGUAACCUUGGUAAAGGUGAUUAGUAACAUUGUUCAGGAUUCAAAAUGAGAUUCAUUCAUUCAACAGUGAUUCCAAUCAUAAUUGCAAUCCUUAAGGUCAGACAGGACUGACCAGAGCUUUAUAAGCUGAGUGGUCAGUUUUUCAUCAAGCUAUCCAUGAUGUUAUGAUGAGGGUUUAGGGUACUCUACGAUCAUUAAACUUCCCCUGUGUUGGUUUAAAAUAACAAUAUGUUAAACUUUUGAUUACAACACGCAAAGAAAUCUCAAAGAGUUACCUCAAAUUUUUGGCUACAGACUGCAUCCUUCCUCAGUGAUGUGACCCGAUUUGACCUUUAAUAGUGACAUAGUGAUUGAUGAUCAGGUCGUAAACAUACAGAAAAUUAUCCAUCCUUGUUGAGGGAAUAUUUUGAGGUAAUUCUUUGAUGUUUCUUUGUGUGUUGUAAUCAAAAGUUUAACAUUUUGCUAAAAGUACUCUAUGUUGUUACACAAUUCUUCUGGCAGGCAUGCCUAACUACAUACUAUGCUCUGAUGAUAUAAAGGAUGAAAUACCAAACUUUUGAAAUCUUUUCAGUUUGCCAUGAAACAUUGAUCACAAUUUAUCAGAUCAAUAUGUGUGUAUCCAUUGCCACCACUACAGAGUAACACAUACAUUCUUCAUAUUCCUUUAAAAUUUCUCAGCACAUACAUUCACGUAACUAUUUUUCCAGGUGAAAAGGUGUUCAUAAACUAGUAUUUCUUUGUUCAAUAUGUUUAGUAGACAGCGAUAGUAUUCAUAUAGACAUAGCAGACAUUGUCCAUGCUGUUUUGCAGUGAUUUCUAUCUUGACCCCAUUUCUGGAAAUGCGGGCUUCAUGAGGCUGAUGCAAGAAGUAUGACAAUCAUCUCACUAGCCCCACUAUACAAAAUUAGCUAUUGAUCGUACGCUUGAUUCAUAUGAUAGUUCGAACAUAGUGAUUAAUGGAAACAAUCAUAAAAAAUCUGUCAUUACGACCAGUUGCUAAGCUUUGAGUAAUGGGGGUCAUGAUUUUUAUUUUAGUUUUCGUAGGAUUUGACAAGAAUGAACAGUAGAGCAUUGUGUGCUUUAAUGAUUUUGUGUUAUCAACUGUGCCAGUUUGUAGUGUGUUCAUAUAUGACAUACCUAUAACGUUGCAAUGGGUGCCAUCAUUUUUCAGAAGACUAGGUAUCAAUGGCAAAUGUUUUAAAUGUAUGAAUGGUUGCCCUUGGCCAAUCAAAUGGCUCCUGUUCAGUACCUAUAAAACUUUUUCUGUUUAUCACAAGGUUUAUGCAACAGGGCCCCUAGUUUGGUUUAUGUAUGGGUACAGUUCACACGAAGACUGAACGGUCCCCAAAGUGGUGUGCUCCAUUGAUAUUGUGUGAUGUGUGAACACACUCUAAAUGAUUUGGCCACAAAAAGUGGCUCAAAAUCUCAAUAAAAUGACAGUAAACAGAAAUGCCUUGUGAUUUAUUACCCUUUUAAUGGCAUGUAAGAGAAAUUCUAUAUUUAAAAGAAAAAAGCAGAGACAAGAAUGAAAUUCAUUGGUGCUAUGAUUUCUGUAAUGCUUGUUGAUAUUAUGUAACAGAUGUUGUGUCCCAUACAUCUCAUUUAUAAUUCAUAAAGGCAUGCAUCUAUACUGUUAUCUAGUUCAACUUCACAACUCAUGAAAAGCGGUCUCUUAUAUUUCUGUUCAGUUUGGUCUGUAAUGAUAUCUUCGUAGAUGAUUUAGCUCUUCCUACUUAAAAUAAUGAAUGGAGUGUCUGUUGCACCGUUCUAUAUUGUGUUGAACUGAUUUAAAUUGUGUCUAUUAUUUUUAAUGCUAUGCAAUUUGAUUUGUACCCAUUUUUAAUGCAUACAAUGCUAAUAUUUAUUCAUUUCUUGGGUAAUGUUUACAUGCUCUUUUUUAA